AUGGAGGCCGGCCGGACACGGUGGGUGCCAGUCGCGGUGCUGCUUUGUGAGGAGCUGCGGCUUGUGGAGGGCGUUGUAGUGGGACGCAGGCGGCGCCGCGUGUACCGGCACCACGUGUUCUUCCGCGCCCUCCUCACACUGCGCGACGCACUGGCGAAGGCGCUGCCGUCCUUUGCCCAACACGGUCCCGCACCACCGCAAAGGAUGAUCACGCGAAUCCUCGCGCUCGCCGUGCGGUGCGGGGAGGCGGCGACAGUGGAGUUGAGUGCAGCCCGCGUCGACACCUUCGCUCUCGCAGCGCUCGUGCUAGCGAUCGCGUCGCGCGUCGGAUGCCUCUUCGGUGCCCUCUCCGUACGUGAGCAGGGCGCGUUCGCCGACUUUCUUUCGGCAGAGGAGGAGGACAGCGGAAGGCUGCAGAAGAAGCGGGGUGCGCGGUUCCUCGUCGCACAGCCACAGCGCCGGCAGAAGCGCUCGCGUUCAUUUGAGGGUGCCGUGCCGCUGCAGCGGCCGACUAUUGGGGGCAUCAUCGAGACAGUGCUGCAGUGA